GACCACUUGGACAAGGCAAGGCAUCGGCGAUCUUGUCAGCUGAGAGAACCAUUUCAGCAAGUUCCACUGCACGAUCGACAGCAACAGCCCUUCUUACACCCACAGCUAGUGGUCUUCCUGCCCCGCAUCGAGCCUACGGCGCAGGCGGAGUCCAACCUGAGAGCGCUUUCAUGUGUACAACUUCUACGGAUGCACGAGGAAGCCCUCUCGAGGCCACACCAGGUGGCGGCCCGACAUCCGCAUUUGAAAGCGACGUGGUGGACAUCCGCGGAAGCGAUAGCGAUUGCCAAAGAGAUACCGCUCAAUCUGUGCCGAAGGGUGAUAAUUUCCUUGCGAGCGCUUUCGGGACGAUGCGUUCAGCACAAGAAGGUAAUGAUGAGCUACAGCGUGCAAACAAGGAGAAGCUUCCUUUUUCUAGUGGUGGAAGGAGCAAUGAUAUAGUGGAUCAUCAUGCGGUAGAAACAAUGGACUCUCCAAGGGUGCAAGCGUCGAAUUGUCGCAGAGAGAUGAAGGGAGCAGCGUGGAGAGAGAGUUACAGCAAAGACGCUGCGAUACAGAUGAACAAAGUAGAUACGUUUUCAACCAAAGUUAUCCGUGACGACUCGAACAGUCGGAUGGAGCGCCACCACGCUCGACAGCAGCGGCAUCCGCAACAAGCCGCGAAAGAUUUUGCAGCGGCCUCGCCGGCCAACAGUCGGCCAAUCAGUCCUCUGCGAAAAGGUUCCGUGUCUCCGGAUCGUCCACAGGGAGGUAGUCGCAGAUUGAGCCCGAACUCGAAAUUACGGGGAGUGCAGUCCUCCUCGCAGGGCAGCAGUUCCCGUGUCCUCUCGCCAAGUUCCCGCGCCUUCUCGCCAAGCAGUCCUAUCCGCCAACCUAGUUUGCAACAAGGGCGGGCUCCCAGUGCGCCGUCACGCCUAAGGCCGACGCAAAAGCACAUGUUUUUGGGUGGUGCAGCCACGUUCAGUUCGAGUCAGAUGCAGCAAUCGAGCAGCACCACAGCGGAACGAACCGAGCGAGCACAACAGCUGUCAUCCGACCCGCAUUUCAUUACGUCUGGGGAGGACAUGCCUCCGAGGAGUCUGCAAGGCAGUCCCCAGCCUCCCACGCGUGCCCCGACACCUGGUGGCGGGACGAUCACGCGAAUGCCGCGUUACCCAAUCUUUGAGAAGGCUUCUCCCGCCAUCCCAAACAACACUACGCCUGUAGCUUCUCCACCGGGAGAUAAGGACAUUGCCGCGGCUGCACGACGCCUAGCAGCGCGCAACGCCAGGACCGACAUGAUCCAAGAACGCCUUAGCCUGGCUGGCUACGACUGUUCAAACCAAAAUCACGCAGUGCCAGGAGACGAAAUAGGACCUGAGUUCUGGCCGCCAACCGCGUCCUCAGCGUUGAGCACUAACAUGACACAGCAUGCAAUGUCAAGUUCUCCUUCCAGACCAAAGGCAAGUGCGUUAGCACCACCAGUGCCGGGAUUGCAGGAAGAUCCGCCUCAAGUCCAAAGCGCGGAAUCCAGGCUACGUGAAGAGAUACGCAGAAAUCAGCUGUAGUAUGUUAGUUGUAAGCCGACUUUCAUUGUCAGCUGCUGAAUUGCAUUUCCACUUGAAAUUCUGGGGUCUGCAUGCUUAUUUCAGAUGGAUUGCAGGUCGGCCUCGCACGAGAAUAAUCAUGUCUGUUCUGAGUGCCCACCGUUCUCUGUGUUUUAGAUAGACAUUUUUUUACAGCUUUGUUUUCUGUUUGUGUUUUUUCGCAUAAAACGCCCUUUUCCAACAGGGCGUCGGAUGUUGGCAGGCCUUCUUCGCCGGGAGAGCAGUACGAGACUUCUCAGCUAGUUGAUGCGGACUUGCGAUCGCAACUGCAAAACAUGACCGGCGAUUUCGUGAUUCCGGUGAAUUUGCUUCGGUCUUUGCUCGAGGAGGUGGACCGGCAAAACGCGGACAAUACGCGUCUGCGCUCCGAACGCCUAGCGCAGACGCGGCGCGGUGACUCCCUGCAGCAAAAUCUGAUCGAUGUGCAACUGGAAAAAGACGAAUUGCAUGCUCGGAUGGGGAAGGCAAAGCGGACAAUCACGAAUCUUAAAUCAAGACUGGUAGAUCAGGGUGGUGCGGAACAAAAUCCGGUAGCUGCAGCGAAGGCCGCGGCCGCACGAGAAACAAGGGGUGGCCGAAUGCCAGGAAGUACGGCGAGUCUUGCUGGUACCCAUUUUUCCUGUGCUGUAUUCCUAUGUGCAUAUUUCCACUGUUUGUUCUUCGAAAUUGCAAUUGCUGAGUGCUAAUAUAAUUCUGUGUUCUGCAACUGCUAUUUACCACUUCCGUAGUCGAUUGAAUUCUCACCAAACUAGUCACGCCUGCGUCCGCUUCGGGUGAAGGACGGGAUAGUAGGAACCGCACAUUUCGCCCUUAUCGCGGAGUGCCGAAGGGAACGCAGACGGACCCAGAUGAUUUCAUCCGCGAGCGCGAUGAGAAGAAACGAAAGGAAGAACUUGACAAGAUGACAGCUGAAGUCACACGCCUUCGUGCGAAGGUCGCGUCCCAAAGACUGGCGUCCACGGCUCUGCUGGAAGGUAUUUUGAUUUGCAUAGGACACUACAUGUUAGUCAUACUGUUAGGUAUCACGGAUCACUAUUGUUCUCUUUCCUAUCCUGGACUGAAAUGUGUAUCUUCUGUGUUGUUUCAUUCUUGGCACAGCUUUACAUACUCAUUUUGCCUAGAUCCAUCGGCGGCGCAGCUGUCGGAGCAGGGUGCGGAUCCGGGGAGCGUAGUCGAUGCAGUUGGGGCACAGAAGGCGCGGGAGAGCAUCCUUGUCGCAAAAUUGAAGCAGGAAUUGGAGGCACAAAAGAAGGAAGUGUCGAAAUUGAGGCAUCGAAAUUUCCGUCUGCAGAAACGCAGCGACCUCUUGGGGAGUAGCGUUUCUCUCAGUGGGAGCGUUGCGUCUUAUGGUAUAUGUACUCUCGUUCAACUGUAAAAGGGAAAGCAAGGAAGAGACAUACUUGGUACGGUAAAGUACAAGCUAUCAGCGCGAUGCUUCUUGAGUCGUCAGCGUAUACAAAGAUUGGACCGAGAAUCUGAACAACGUCAGUACCAUCUGCGCUACUGCUUCUAAUGUUGCGGAAGCGUGUAUCAAAACAACUCGUCGUUGAUCGAGUCACUUCCUAAUGAAGCAAAGACGUGGCAAACUGUGCAAGAGCGUGGCGGAUUUCUUAUCAGGCCGAGUGAUACACGGACGUCGAAGUUUCCAUCUCCUUCUUCAGGAUUUUCUGAUUCCGGCAAAAUGCGCAGUUUGAGCAACUUCUACAACCCAAGUGGCGCAGCCAGCCUCAGUGGCUCAGUCAAUGGGUCUCCUACGGACACAUUGUCCGCGUCCGCAUUUCCUCAUCACGUCGAAACUGCCGGAACUUCUUAAGGCUGGGUUUCUUCCACUGGAUAACGAUGUCUUUUUAUGCGUCCCGGAAAUUCGAUAGCCACUCGAUUUUUUGAUGAGAACUAAUCCGAAAGAAAAUGCUCGCUAUCUUCACCUAAGUAUGUCAAUACCAUGAAAGAGGGGCACAAAGGUAAACCAGUAUAGCUCGCCUUUAAGCGAUGCAGCGUCCGUCGUCUACGGGUCGCUUUGACGCAAGACCGAUUCGGCUAGGUGAACGUCCUGAACAACGUCGCGGAAAAAAGGACUCCCAGCUCAGUGUUGGUUCCCCGAAUGGCUUAGUGACGACCUCAACCAUCGGUUACCAUAAUUUAGGCGACGGGGCAGCAGUCAUGCUCGCAAGCGCAGGGGCAAGAACAGUUGCCGACAACGCUGAGCCAGGUCCUCUGCUAACAGGAUCAACCGAUUCCAAUGAGCAGCGUUCUCCACGUAGCACCCGACGCACUGUUGAAGAAAGGCCUCCUGACCGAGCAAAUAGCAAGACGGCACAACAAGAACGCGACCAUAAUCAGGACGUCUCAGACGAAAUACAAGACCUGUCACUCUCCCAAAUAUCUGCCGCUGUGUUGCUCGACAUCACUGCUGCAUCUGCGGGUAGGGCGCCUCCGACUACUCGUGAUGCUGAAAAAAAAAGUCCGCUACUGCUGACCGAACAGGGCGAAGAAAUGCCAUCACGCAUUGAGGCUACUACUAGUUUCCAGGAACUACCGUCACCUAAUCUUACGGGCGUGACGGACAAUCGCGACGCAGACGGGGCCUUUACUUUAAGCCAAGUGAAGAACAACUCAAAUUCAAAUAGCCGGAAAAACAGUCCAACUACAGCGAGCCGAGUGCAACGAAAUAGCAGUGUCCUCUUGCGGUGCCUGCCGUGCUCGCCUUGUGGUGACAACAAGGCUCUCGCAAGCAACAGCGAGGAUGACGCUGUGGGGGAACCUCUAGUGCUCUCUAUGUCGAGAGUGGAAUGAUCAUCAGAAGGUCCUGCACUAAAGUGCUUAAAUGAAAGAAAUACCUAGACCUACAGCGGUACGAAGACAGAUUCAGGGAUAUACUCAACAGGUUUCCAUUACGAUGUUAGAUACUAGUACUCAGUAAUAUAUUUAGAUUUUAGACCGACCGACCGACCGAGCCAUUUUGGCUCAAGGGUGUACACAGGUCUUCCCCUCUUCUGGCUGGGCUAGCCUUUUUUGAUCCCUUUCCCCCUUGUUGGUUAAGAUUUUCAAUAUUUCCCUGACUAUGUGACUCUCAUCUGGUCUUGCUUACUCCAGCUCUUCUAGCGUGGUACUUUCUCUUGAGUUUGCACUUUACUAUAAUCACCAACACUAAUGGUUGUUCCCUAUAUUUAGAUUUUGACUACAGUACGCUUGGAGUAGGUUUUAUUUUCAAGUCACGUGUACAAUAUCGGUUUGAAUAUUCUUCAUUGGGACUAUCAUUCCUUCCGAAAUAGGCACACAGAUAAUGGUUUCUUAUUUUGUCUGGUGACGUGGUUUGUUGGUGCCAUCACGUAUUGCCAUCCCCAUUGAUGUUUGUUUCGUUGUGUGUCAUACUUCCCAAUAUGUGACUUACCAGUACUCCUAGUUGGUUGCGAACCAGUGUCGUGCAGAGGACUUUGUAGAGUGUGGUGUGCUAUCUUAACAUGAAUACUUGUUAUUAGGUGUGUUUCUGGACGUUGUUUCUGAUAGAUUUAAGUUGGCGAAUAACUUCUAAUUUCAGGCAAAAUCACGCAAGUGCGCAACGAAAGUUUUGUGUGUGCCAGUGUUUGCACAGACUGUCUACAUUAGAAGGAUCUCGUCGUUGCUUUUUGCGAAUGAAUUGCAUCUUCAAUUACAUAAUCGUUUCUUCAGGUUGAUGCUAAUAUUUCAG